AUGCCGGCGCUCAAGAUCAACCUCGCACACUGGCGCGACCCGCCCAUCCCGAUCCCAGCGAGCCAGCCCGACGCCGACGCGGCCUUGGCGUGGGUGCUCGCGCUGCCGGAGGAGGUGCAGUCGACCGUCCUCUCGCUCGCCCGCGGCGGCGACGGCGCCGCGCCGCGCCGCGCAGCGGGGAGCAACGCUUACAAGGCCGUCAAGGCCGCCGCGGGAGGCACGGCCAAGAAGAGCCGCGCGGAGCGCAGGGCGGUCCGCGAGGCGGCGCGCACGGCGGCCAGCGCGGCUGGUAAGGCCGCUGGCCCAGCCACUGCUAAGACCAAGACUGCCCGCAAGCCGCGCCCGUCGGCGUUCAAGAAACUCGCAAAGGCGGGAGACGCGGCGGUCCGCCGCAUGUUGCUUGCGAUUGGGGCCGAGCGCGGGCUCGCCCCCCGCCGCGGAGGCUAUCUCGUGUCCGUUGUCGGCGCCAACGCCGUGCUCGGGCGCAUCGCGCGCGAUAUAGGCUUGCUGGUGCUCGCGGGCGCACAUUGCCGCCGCCACCGCGUGCUCCCCUGUGCUGUUGUCGUGACGGACCAGCUUGCCGGGGACGUGUUUGAGGCGGCGCUGGCUGCCAUCCAGUCCGAGUUUGGCUACGACGACGCGUUCACCUGGUUCAAGAGCCUCGCCGUGCCGUGGGUCGAGCAGGCCAUCGCCGCGUACAAGGCUUAA